GCGAAUGGAAACGAGGAAGUUUGAGCACUCUAGUGCUCCGUAGGAAGGAUUCCUUCCGUCUCAGCGCCGGAAACGUCCCUGGUGCGGAACUGCUUUCACUAGAGUGGCAACUAUCAACAAGUUCUCUCAGAAACACCGGAGCCAGACUGGGAAGAGUGGAAAUGGCAACCGCUUGCCAUUCUCUGGCGGCGCCAGCGCCGGCGGCGAAGUUCGUAGUGGUCGGCGGGGGCAUUGCUGGCGUCACCUGUGCUGAGCAGUUGGCCACUAAUUUUCCAUCUGAAGAAGUUCUCUUGAUAACAGCUUCUCCUGUUAUUAAAGCAAUUACAAAUUUUAAGCAAGUUUCCAAAACAUUGGAAGAAUUUGAUGUGGAAGAACAACCAAGUUCUGUUUUAGAAAAACACUUCCCCAACAUUAAGGUUUUAGAGUCCAGAGUAAAGCAGCUCAAGGCGGCAGAACAUUGCAUUUUAACAGAAGAUGGCAAUCAAUAUAAAUAUGAAAAACUCUGUCUGUGUGCUGGAGCGAAACCAAAGUUAAUAUCUGAAGGAAAUCCAUAUGUAUUAGGAAUCCGUGAUACAGACAGCGCUCAGGAAUUCCAAAAACAACUCAUGAAAGCUAAAAGAAUAACAAUCGUUGGGAAUGGGGGCAUUGCACUUGAGUUAGUGUAUGAAAUUGAAGGCUGUGAAGUGAUUUGGGCUAUUAAAGACAAAGCAAUUGGGAAUGCUUUCUUUGAUGCUGGAGCUGCAGAAUUCCUGACCUCAAAGCUCACUUCUAAAAAAUCUGAAGCUAAAAUUACAUGUAAAAGGACCAGAUAUACAAUAGAAGAAAGUGAAAAAGAAGCAAGUGCCAUAAAUAACGCUGCUAAUCUAGGCAGUGCCUUGGGACCUGAUUGGCAUGAAGGUUUAAAUCUUAAAGGAACAAAAGAGUUUUCCCACAAAGUUCACAUUGAAACCAUGUGUGAAAUUAAAGAAAUUUAUCACCAGGAAGAAUUUAAGCAACUGAAGAAAAUAUCUUUGACUUUUCCUAAAGAUUGUCAGGAUGAGUCAACUGAUAAAGAUACAUGGCCUGUAUAUAUAGAAUUGACCAAUGAGAAGAUAUAUGGCUGUGAUUUUAUUGUCAGUGCAACUGGGGUUAUGCCAAAUGUUAAGCCUUUCCUCAAUGGCAACAAUUUUAUGCUAGGUGAAGAUGGUGGCCUGAAAGUAGACGACCACAUGCGUACAUCACUUCCCAAUAUCUAUGCUGCAGGUGAUAUCUGUACAGCAUCAUGGCAACCCAGUCCAGUCUGGCAGCAGAUGAGGCUGUGGACUCAAGCUAGACAGAUGGGAAACUAUGCUGCAAAAUGCAUGGCUGCAGAUACUUUGGGAGACUCUAUUGAUAUGGAUUUCUGUUUUGAACUUUUUGCUCAUGUAACAAAAUUUUUUAACUAUAAGGUUGUAUUAUUGGGAAAGUACAAUGCCCAAGGCUUAGGUUUAGAUCAUGAAUUAAUGUUGAGAUGUACCAAAGGACAAGAAUAUGUUAAAGUGGUCAUGCAAAAUGGACGGAUGAUGGGAGCCAUUCUGAUUGGUGAAACAGACUUAGAAGAAACAUUUGAAAAUUUGAUUUUAAACCAGAUGAACCUUUCAGCAUAUGGAGAAGAUUUACUAGAUCCAAAUAUUGAUAUAGAAGACUAUUUUGACUAAAAAAAAAAUUUACUUUAAACCACUGGCAAUAAGAAGAAUCUCAAGUCAUGGCAGAAAGUCGAAUCAUUUUUACCAACCUAGAUGAUAAACAUUCUGAAGUUAACUUUGCAAAGGUCUUAAUGAUGAAUAAUUUAAUGUGAAGAUGUGAAAUUAAUUGAAAGUAUUAAUAAGUAUGCUCAACUAA